GUCUUUUUCAUCUCAUCAUCUUUACUCUCUUCUAUCUCUUUCCAUAUAAACAACUUGAUUGUCAAGAAUAUCUAGUGAUCUUUGGCAAUUUUAUUAAAGUUGCGAUAUCACAAUACUACAUUGCAGUUGGGCGGGUCCAAGGGUUCAAGCUUGUGACUCACGUUACUUCGAAGAAUUUUUUCUUCACGACGCCAAGGAAAUCUUGCGAAAUCAGCAACUUCGAAAUUUUGGAAGUAUUGAAAUAGAAGAUCAUUCAAGAUGGGUCUUUUGACUUUGGUAGAAGAUCGGCCUACGCCAGCAUGUGUCUACAAUGCCCGCGUAUACUUCUGCGCAACUGUAGCUGCGUUUUGUGCAGUGAUGAUUGGAUAUGACUCCGCAUUUAUCGGAGGAACAAUAGCUCUUCCAUCUUUCAAGAGUGAAUUCAAUUGGUCACAAUAUUCAGCCGAUGAAGCUCUCCUUAUCUCCGAAAACAUCGUCUCACUCUAUCAAGCUGGUGCUUUCUUCGGAGCUCUCUUCGCUUAUGCAGCUGGUCACUAUUUGGGUCGUAAAAUGGGUCUUCAAGUGUUCUCCGGUGUCUUCAUUGUUGGCGCUGGAAUGAUGUUGGGCGCCAAUGGCGAUAGAGGUCUUGGAUUAAUCUACGGUGGUAGAGUUUUGGCUGGUAUUGGUGUUGGUGGCGCCUCCAAUUUGACUCCUAUCUAUAUUUCUGAGCUUUCUCCUCCUGCUAUCAGAGGACGCUUAGUCGGACUGUAUGAGAUGGGAUGGCAAGUUGGUGGCGUUGUUGGCUUCUGGAUCAACUACGGAGUCUCAACUACUAUGCCCGCAAAUCACAGACAGUGGAUCAUUCCAUUCGCCGUCCAAUUGAUCCCUGCCGGUCUCAUGUUCGCCGGACUAUUCAUGAUCAAAGAAUCCCCAAGAUGGCUCAUGAGCCGUGGUGAUCGAGCAACCGCCCUCAAGAACCUCUGCUGGAUCAGAAAACUUCCUUCAGAUGAUAUUUACAUGCUCGAGGAAGUAUCCAGUAUUGACGCUGCUCUCGAACAACAACAGGCCACUGUUGGACUCGGCUUCUGGCAACCUUUCAGAGCUCUCGGUAACGAUCGCAAAGUCAUGUACCGUUUUGCUCUCGGCUGCUCUCUCUUCUUCUGGCAAAACACAUCUGGUAUCAACGCCAUCAACUACUACUCUCCUACCGUCUUCAAGGAGAUCGGUGUUGUCGGUACAAAUGCCUCGCUCCUCACCACAGGUAUUUUUGGUGUCAUCAAGGCAGUUGUCACACUCAUUUGGCUUUUCUUCCUCAUCGACAACUUUGGCCGUAGAAAUCUCCUCAUGUAUGGUGCCUUUGCAGGAGCCAUCUGUCUAUACUACGUCGGCGCCUAUAUCGCCGUUGCAAACCCUUCUGCCAACCCUUCUACCACUCUUUCCGCAGGUGGUAAAUCCGCCAUGGCAUUCUUUUACCUCUGGACCGCUUCCUACACUCCCUCAUGGAACGGUACCCCAUGGGUCAUCAACUCCGAGAUGUUUCCCCAGCACGUCCGUACACUUGGUCAAGCAUUCGCAGCCGCUAGCAAUUGGUUCUUCAAUUUCUUGGUUGCUCGUUUCACAGCACAAAUGUUCAAAGCUAUGGGGUGGGGUGUUUUCAUCUUCUUUGCUUCUUUGAUGAUGUGCAGUAUUGUAUUUGUCUUCUUCUUAGUUCCUGAGACCAAGGGUAUCCCAUUGGAGAGUAUGGAUAGACUCUUCAGCUCCGAAUUGAAGGCCAGACAUGCCCAUGGCGUUGUAUUAAGAGAAUUGAAGGAAGACGAAGAGGCGUUCAGAAGAAACGUAGAAGGAAGUGGAAUUGGAUUGGACAAGGAAGGAAACGAGAAGAGUGCUCAUGUCGAAGUUGUCUAAAGUAUAACGGUAUCUGGCCUGCUUUAAAGUAGGAAAAUGGGAAACUCAAGAGGCUGAGCGGACUUGUGUUUGGUUUUUGGUGUUUAUAGUAUUUUGGAGGCUGGCUUUUUGUUUUAGGGAUCAUCAGAUGCACAUCUUUGAGGGAGUGUUUCUAUGAUUACCGCUUAGCAUUACCACACGCAUAUAUGUAUGCAUUGAUAUUAAUGAGUUUACGAGUAUGAUAAUAUCAAGAAUUUAAUUCUGAUCAA